AUGGGGCAUGUGUCCGGUCGCAUCGAUCCAUUUGUCUCAGAGACACCCAUAAAACCCGCCCUGCGCACCAAUGCGACUCCCAAUCCGCCGAAUACACUUGAUCGCAUCUAUUCCACGUACCGUUACCGAUCGCCUCAGCUUGAGAUGCCCAGAGAAAGCAUAGGAGACAUCUCCGCGAAAAAGUUUGCGGAGUUACUAUCUGGCCCAUUGCUGGACGUCUUCGUCGGACCCGAGGGCCGCCGCUGGUCCUUGCAUCAAAACCUCCUGGUUCACCAUGCGCGCUUCUUUGACGAGUCCUACACAGUCAACGGUGAACACAAGCGCAUCAAGGACGGCAAACUCGAACUCCCCGAAGAGGAUCCAGGCGCAUUCGAACUGCUUGUGAAGUGGCUGUAUCAAGGCAAGAUUGACGACGUCUCAUGGAUGCCCAAGGACGUCAAAUGGGACUAUGCAUUCACAUGUCAAAAGCUCUACCUCCUUUGCGACACCAUCGGGCUGCAAGACCUCAAGAACCAAGCCAUCGACCAGUUCCGGCGCGGCUGUCAUGAAGCCGGCCUUGUGCCCGGUCCCGAAGAGAUGAAGCCCAUCUACGAGAAGACUGCUCCGAAUUCUCCGUUCCGCAAGCUCGUGAGUAAGAUUGCUGCAAGACAGAUCAUGGACCCUAGCACGGAGAAGGAUGCAACCAGUUAUAGGGAGUGCUUCGCCAUCAGUCCGGACUUUGCUGUCGAUGUGAUAAAUGCGAUCAAAGAGGGCAGUGGUGGGUUACUGUUUGACGAUCCAACAGAAGGUAACGGGUGUCGGUAUCAUGAGCAUGAGGAUGGUGAGAGCUGCCACAAGACCGUCAAAUUUAAGGAUAUGUCCUGA